UAUCAGCAGGCUUUAUAAGUCAGUGAGCCAGGAGCUGUCUCUUCAUUCAGACGGACGACGUCCCAGGAGAACAAAGAUGUUCCUGCAUCAGGCUUCCUUGCGCUUGGCUUCCUUGCUGCUCUUCUCUCUUGCCCUCCAUAGUGCCCUGGCCCUGAAGCUCUGCUCCUUCAAUGUGAGAUCAUUUGGAGAGCGGAAGAAGGAAAACCACAAUGCCAUGGACGUCAUUGUGCAGAUCAUCAAACGCUGCGACCUUAUACUCCUGAUGGAAAUCAAGGACAGCAGCAACAACAUCUGCCCCAUGCUGAUGGAGAAGCUGAACGGGAAUUCACGGAGAAGUACAACCUACAACUAUGUGAUUAGUUCUCGACUUGGAAGAAACACAUACAAAGAACAGUAUGCCUUCCUCUAUAAGGAAAAGCUGGUAUCUGUGAAAGACAAAUACCUCUACCACGACUACCAGGAUGGAGAUGCCGACGUGUUUUCCAGGGAGCCCUUUGUGGUUUGGUUCCAGUCACCCUUCACUGCUGUCAAGGACUUCGUGAUCAUCCCCUUGCACACGACGCCUGAGACUUCCGUGAAAGAGAUUGAUGAGUUGGUUGACGUCUACACGGAUGUGAAACGGCGGUGGAAAGUACAGAAUUUCAUCUUCAUGGGUGAUUUCAACGCUGGCUGCAGUUAUGUUCCCAAGAAGGCCUGGAAGAACAUCCGUUUGAGGACUGACCUCAACUUCGUUUGGCUGAUUGAGGACCAGGUGGACACCACAGUCAAGAAGAGCACCGACUGUGCCUAUGACAGGAUUGUGCUUCGAGGGCAAGAGAUAGUCAACUCCGUGGUUCCCAAUUCAAAUGGAGUCUUUGACUUCCAGAAAACUUAUCAGUUGUCUGAAGAGGAGGCCCUGGAUGUCAGUGACCACUUUCCAGUUGAAUUUAAACUCCAGUCUUCAAGGGCCUUCACCAACAACAGAAAAUCUGUUGCUCUAAAGAAGAGAAAAAAAGGCAAUCGCUCCUAGGAAUUAAGAAUGGCCCAGCUGAUUUCAUUAUCCAUCUGCGUUCAGUCCACCUGGAGCUAAGCUGAAAAAAAAGUCUUCUGUUAUGCCUCACUUUGCAUUGGAUGCUCCAAAAGGGUCUUCACUUCCUACCCCCUUUUCCCUUUUCUCUUCUUCCUUCCCCCAACUCCCUGAAGAGGUUCUACCUUGCAUUCUGUCCUCUCCCAAGUAACCCCUGUCUCAUAUCCCAUGCCUCCCUUCCAAUAUUUACCACAUUGUAUUUGUGCUGGGGCCAGCACUGAAGCUCACUGAAAGUCCAGGAAGGGCAAGUUCCAUUGACUGACUUGGACUUGAGGCUUUGUUCUCCCUUUGCCACUCUGGAAACCAGCAAUGUGGCACCAUUUUGCUUAUGUUUAGGGUGCCCAUUUUUGUGUAUUUUGCUUUGUUUUCCAGGAUAUUCUUUCUUUAUUCUUUACUUGUACAUGAACAGGAGCCGUGAAAAGCAAUGGCACUUCUGACUCUACUCCUAGUGUCUUGUCUCAGAGGCAACCUUUUCACACAGCUUCUGUGGUCUUCUAAAGAUGUUCAUGCAUAAAUGAGUACCAUGUGUAAUCUUAAGAAAUACAAAAUGUAUCACACUGUA